AAUCAUAAGAAAUAAACCCUCAAGAGUAACAUGCAUUCAACGUACAGAGAUGUUUUUCGAUCUUAAAGCAUUGACGAUUGUGUAUAUAUAUAUAUAUAUAUAUAAUUGUUAUUUCACUCUUCUUGAUUUGACUCUGCUUUAAUUUAUAUCUCUAUUCGUUUUCUCUCUCCCUCUCUAUUCCUCUGUUUCUCCGUCAAAAAUGAAAAGCCUCGACACGGAGCAUAAUCCCUCUGCCGGGAAUAACGUCGACGACGAUGGAAAGGAGAAGAGAACGGGGACGUUGAUGACGGCGAGCGCGCACAUAAUCACGGCGGUGAUAGGUUCCGGAGUGUUGUCGUUGGCUUGGGCAAUAGCACAGCUUGGUUGGGUGGCAGGAACCGUAAUUUUGGUGACUUUUGCAAUCAUUAAUUACUACACAUCUACAAUGCUCGCCGACUGUUAUCGAUCUCCGGACGCCGGAACACGCAAUUAUACUUACAUGGACGUCGUCCGAGCUUACCUUGGUGGUAGGAAAGUGCAGCUAUGUGGACUGGCACAGUACGGGAGUCUCGUAGGGGUCACUAUUGGUUUCACAAUCACUGCCUCCAUAAGCUUAGUAGCGAUCGGGAAAGCAAAUUGUUUUCAUGACAAAGGGCAUGGUGCGAAAUGUUCUGUAUCGAAUUAUCCAUACAUGGCGACAUUUGGGAUCAUCCAGAUUAUUCUCAGUCAGAUUCCUAAUUUUCAUAAGCUCUCUUUCCUCUCCAUCUUCGCCGCAAUUAUGUCCUUCUCCUAUGCAUCUAUCGGAAUCGGUUUGUCCAUCGCCACUGUCGCAAGUGGGAAGGUUGGGAAGACGACGCUGACGGGAACGGUGGUAGGAGUGGACGUAAACGCGUCUGACAAAAUUUGGAAGUCGUUUCAAGCGACUGGAGACAUUGCAUCCUCUUACGCUUAUUCCAUUGUUCUCGUUGAGAUUCAGGAUACAUUGAGAUCAAGCCCACCAGAGAACAAAGUGAUGAAAAAAGCAAGUCUUGCCGGAGUCUCAACCACAACUGUUUUCUACAUCUUAUGUGGCUGCAUCGGAUAUGCUGCAUUUGGUAACAAUGCCCCCGGUGACUUCCUUACCGACUUUGGUUUUUAUGAACCUUACUGGCUCAUCGAUUUUGCCAAUGCAUGCAUCGCUCUCCACCUAAUCGCCGCCUAUCAGGUGUUUGCACAACCAAUAUUCCAGUUUGUUGAGAGCAAAUGCAACAAGAAAUGGCCAGAAAGCAAUUUCAUCACCAAUGAACAUUUGAUGAACUUACCAUUGCUCGGGAAAUAUCGCAUCAACCUCUUCAGGCUGGUGUGGAGGACAGGCUAUGUGAUCUUGACAACAGUUGUAGCAAUGAUAUUCCCCUUCUUCAAUGCAAUCUUGGGAUUAAUCGGGGCAGUCUCAUUCUGGCCGCUAACAGUUUACUUCCCGGUGGAGAUGCACAUCUCGCAGAAAAAUGUUAAGCAGUAUUCUCUGAGGUGGAUUGGGUUGCAACUCCUUGUCUUGCUUUGUUUGAUUGUUUCCCUCCUAGCAGCGACAGGAUCCAUCGUUGGCUUGAUAACUAGUGUCAAGGCAUACAAGCCUUUCCACAAUUUAGAUUAGAGGCGACUUUGUCAUCUAGCUAUCUCAAAAAAUUGUGGGAACUACUACUUCUUUCAAGAUGAAAACAGUUACUAGUUACUACGUACCGCUACAAAAUGUCGGUGCAUGUCUGUCUUAAAUAAUUAAUGGCGUUGACACAACCCUCGCUUAUCCGGUUCGGUCUUUGUCCGGUUUUGAAAACAUCGGUAUUAUGCCCGCUUGGUAAGUAUAGUGUCAAGGCAAUACAAGCCAUCUCUUUUAAUUGUAACAAUCUCUUUUUAGUUUUAGAAAAUGCAAUGUUAUAUAUGUUCUCUAACACUGCGAUGU